AUGAAAAACGAAAUAAGGAAAAUUGAACAUGUGUAUGGAAUUGAAUAUGUAUCAGAGAAAAAGGAAAAAAAAAAAAAGGUUUUAUUUGUGUUAAUAAUUUUAUCUCUAUAUUAUAUGUAUAAUCUCUAUGCGGUAUAUAAGAAAGGAUAUUUUGUUUUCAAUGAAUUUCAAAUAUUCCUUUUUGUCACGUACUUGUCAUUUAUUGUAGUAUAUUCAAAUAAUCAGUGUCUCGAAAAGCUUUUCCUAAUAAACAAUGUAGGCAUACAAAUUGAGAAGAAGGAUUUGUUCCAGCGUCAGUUGAAAUUUAUUUGUUUAAAUGACGUAAAAAGCAUUUUCAUUAAUGAGGCCAUAUACAUAUUUGAAAUAUGCCCCUAUUUGUGCAUCAUCCUGAAAAACAACAAAUUCGUUGUUCUCUUUGAGAAUUUUAACUUAGAAAUGAAAAGCUUAGUAAACAUAUAUAGGGAUAUGAAAAGAAUAGUUUUUUAUAACGAUUACAAAAAGUUAAGAGGUGUGAAAGCAGUAGAUAUCAAGGAAGAAAAAGGUGAAAACGAAGAAGAAAAUAAUUUUGUAUUCCUUGACGAUGUUGCAUAUGCAGCAAAUAUUAAAUCUUCUAGUGAAGAAGAAAAUAUUUUUAAAUUAUUAAAUUUUAGUUCAGGAGAAAACCAUAAAAUUGAUGAUAAAUCACAAGAACUUGAGAAAAUGAAAAUAUAUGACAUAUAUAUAAAUAAAAAAUUAGCAUUGGAAAUAAUGAAUAACUGA